GUAUUCAAAUCGAUGGCGGGGCCGACGGUUGUGGGAGGUUGCGCUGCCGCCGGCUUCUCGGGGGCUGAGUGUCGCCUUGCGCCGCCAUGCCGGGCACCGGGCGCUGACAGACCUUCGGGCCCAGUGGGAGGAAUGGAAAAUCAGGGUGUGCCUCCCGGGCCUUAUCGGGCCACCAGGCUGUGGAAUGAAGUUACCACAUCUUUUCGAGCGGGAAUGCCUCUAAGGAAACACAGGCAACACUUUAAAAAAUAUGGCAAUUGUUUUACAGCAGGAGAAGCAGUAGACUGGCUUUAUGACCUAUUAAGAAAUAAUAGCAAUUUUGGUCCUGAGGUUACAAGGCAACAGACUAUCCAGCUAUUGAGAAAAUUUCUUAAGAACCAUGUCAUUGAAGAUAUCAAAGGCAAAUGGGGAUCAGAAAAUCUUGAUGACAACAGUCAGCUAUUCAGAUUUCCUGCAAAUUCUCCACUUAAAACUCUUCCACGAAGGCAUCCAGAAUUGAGAAAAAACAGAAUAGAGAACUUUUCCAAAGAUAAAGAUAGUAUUUUUAAAUUACGAAACUUAUCUCGGAGAGCUCCUAAAAAGCAUGGAUUACAUUUCUCUCAGGAAAAUGCAGAGAAAAUGAACUGUGAAAUAAUCAAUGAACAUCAAGAAAACUCCAUUGAUAAUAGAGAAAUAAGCCAGAAAGAUGUUGAAGAAGCUUGGAGAUAUGUUAUUCUGAUCUACCUGCAAACAAUUUUAGGUGUGUCAUCCCUAGAAGAAGUCAUAAAUCCCAAGCAAGUAAUUCCUCAAUGUAUAAUGUACAACAUGACCAAUACAAGUAAGCACGGAGUAGUUAUACUGCAAGACAAAUCAGAUGACCUUCCUCACUGGGUAUUAUCUGCCAUGAAGUGCCUAGCAAAUUGGCCAAGAAGUAAUGAUAUGAAUAAUCCAACUUAUGUUGGAUUUGAACGAGAUGUAUUCAGAACAAUUGCAGAUUAUUUUCUAGAUCUCCCUGAACCUCUACUUACCUUUGAAUAUUAUGAAUUAUUUGUGAACAUUUUGGUUGUUUGUGGCUACGUCACAGUUUCAGAUAGACCCAGUGGGAUACAUAAAAUCCAAGAUGAUCCACAGUCUUCAAAAAUCCUUCACUUAAACAGUCUGAAUUCCUUCAAAUCAACUGAGUGUCUUCUUCUCAGUCUGCUUCAUAAAGACAAAAACAAAGAAGAAUCAGAUACUACUGAGAGACUGCAGAUAAGUGAUCAAGGAUUUCAAGAAAACUAUGCUAAGAAAAUGCAGCUAGUUAAUUUAAAAAACAGAAGAGCCAGUGUUAAUGACAUAAUGGGAGGAAGUUGUCAUAAUUUAAUAGGCUUAAGUAGUAUGCAUGUUCUAUCCUCUAGCAUCAAACCAAGGUGCUAUUCAUUAGAAGGAAUUAUAGAUUUACCAGGGAGUUCAAGUAAAGAGGUCUCCAGUGUCUUCCAUCAAUCUGUUCUGAACAUAAAAGGACAAAAUAAUAAACAAUUUUUAGAGUCUGAGACCAAACAGGAAUCCCUAAUGCAUCUUCAUUCAGAGGAAAGUAUUCAAAAACCACUCUGUGUUGGUUUUAAAAGAACCUCUACUUUGACCGUUCAAGACCAAGAGGAGUUAUGUAAUGGAAAGUGCAAGUCAAAACAGCUUUGUAGAUCUCAGAGUUUACUUUUAAGAAGUAGUACAAGAAGGAAUAGUUAUAUUAAUAUGCCAGUGGCUGAAAUUAUCAUGAAACCAAAUCUUGGACAAGGCAGCACAAGUGUGCAAACAGCUAUGGAAGGUGAACUCGGAGAGUCUAGUACCACAGUCAAUAAAAGACUCUGCAAAAGUACAAUAGAACUUUCAGAAAACUCUUUACCUCCAGCUUCCUCUAUGUUGACUGGCACACAAAGUUUGCUACAACCUCAUUUAGAGAGGGUUGCCAUCGAUGCACUACAGUUGUGUUGUUUGUUACUUCCCCCACCAAAUCGUAGACGGCUUCAACUUUUAAUGCGCAUGAUUUCGCGAAUGAGUCAAAAUGUUGAUAUGCCCCAACUUCAUGAUGCAAUGGGUACAAGGUCACUGAUGAUACAUACUUUCUCUCGGUGUGUGUUACGCUGUGCUGAAGAAGUAGAUCUUGAUGAGCUUCUUGCUGCACGAUUAGUUUCUUUCUUGAUGGAUCAUCAACAGGAAAUUCUCCAAGUACCCUCUUACCUACAGACUGCAGUGGAGAAACAUCUUGACUACUUAAGAAAGGGCCAUAUUAAAAAUCCUGGAGAUGGAGUGAUUGCUCCUUUGCCAACUUAUUCAUACUGUAAACAAAUUAGUGCUCAGGAGUUUGAUGAACAAAAAGUUUCUACCUCUCAAGCUGCAGUUGCAGAACUUUUAGAGAAUAUUAUUAAAAAUAAGAGUUUGCCUGUAAAGGAGAAAAGGAAAAAACUAAAACAGUUUCAGAAGGAAUAUCCCUUGAUAUAUCAGAAAAGAUUUCCAACCUCUGAAAGUGAAGCAGCACUUUUUGGUGACAAACCUACAAUCAAGCAACCAAUGCUAAUUUUAAGAAAACCAAAGUUUCGUAGUUUAAGAUACUAAUUGAAUUGAAAAUUAUGUAAUACUUGUGGAACUUUGGUAAGUGAAGCCAUAUCUAAGAAUUCAGCUACUAAAAAGGAAGUCUCUUUAUCAAUAAGGUUUUUCUAAAUAGAACAUUAUGUAACGAAGUGCCAAAAUAGUUUUUAUCAAUGUGAAACUGCUGAGAAACUAGUGAAUCUCAAUGGAGAGCAAGUGACAAUAGGUGAUACCAAAUAUUUUAAUCAGAAAUAAUCUUUUGUUUUUUAUACAACUAUCUGGAAAAGCUAUCAUAAUGUGUGCUAAAGUUUCAUUUACUUGAAUUUUGAAAAAUGACAUUUGCUCUUCAAGAUUAAGCUGUAAUUCUUUAAAAAAAAAAAAAAACAACUUAUCUGCAUGUGCUUAUGGAUGUUAGCUUAAAGAACUAGUUGUUUAGGAUUACUUUUGUUUCUAAGUGUAAGAAUGUGAAGAAUAUUUGAAAAUUCAAUGAAUUAAUUUUCAACUGCUAAAUAUUGCACUCAUAUGUUCUUUUGCUACUUUUUAUCUAUUUAUAUAUGUAUGUGUUUUUAAAAUAUGAAUAUAUAUUAUAAGACUUUGGUUUGCCUUAAACAUUUACCCUAACUGCUUCAGUCAUUCAUUUUUUCAAUAAAUAUCUUUUGCAUUCUUAUCUUCAUGAAUCUACUAGAAUAUAAAGAUAUGAAAGAAGUAUAAGGCAAUCACGUAUUCAUUUAAAAGAUAUUUAUUUAGCAACUACUAUGUGCCUUUCAUUCUUCAAGAUGUGGAGAGAAAAUGACGAAUAAACCAGAAAACCUCUUCC